AUGAGUUCAACAGGAAUAUGUAAAUCAACAACAACAAUUAAAGGAUGUAAAGGAGAAAUAGAUAAAGAAUAUGGAUGUAGAGAAUGGUUAACAGGGUAUUAUUUAAUAAAUAAAGAAUGUUCAAAAUGUGGAAAUAAAUGUAUAACAUGUUUAAAUGAGAAAGAAUGUAAUACAUGUGAAGAUGAAUAUAUAAUAAUAAAUAAAGAAUGUAUUCAUUAUUCAAAUAUUAAUAAAUGUAAAGAAACAAAAAAUAAUAAAUGUUCAAAAUGUUCAUUUUGGUAUGGAAUCAAUGAAGAAGGAACAAAAUGUAAUAAAGAAAUUGUAUGGUGGAUGAUAAUGAUAAUUAUCAUCAUUAUACUUAUUAUCAUCAUUAUAAUAAUUAUAAUUAUAAUAAUAAUGAUUAAUUACAUUAUAAAACGCAAAGAAAAGAAAGAACAAGAGAAAACAACAACAAUAUUUAAAAUUUCACAAUCAAAUAUCAAAUUCAUAUCACUUGGAGAUGGAAUAAUAACAAAUAAAAAAGAAAUAGAAAUAGGAGAAGGAGAAGAAAUUGAAGUAAAUAAAGAAAUUAGAGAAUUAAUAUGUAUUGGAAAUGAGAAGAAAGAAAAAAAGAAAAUACAAAUAAGUAGUAAAGAAGAAAAUGAAAAAUAUUCAAUUAGAAUCAAACCAAAUAUUAUUACAAUUGAAGGAGGAUAUGCAUGUGAAUUUGAAAUAUUCAUUAUAAUCAAAUGUACUACUAAAAUUAAAGAACAAAUAAUGAUAAUUAGUAAAACACUUAAUAAAACACAAGAAGAAAUAAUUAAAAGUAUUUCAAUUAAAGGAGAAACACAAAUAUCAACACGACUUGAUCCAGAUGAAAUAAAAGAAGAAAAUAAAAUAGGAGAAGGAUCAUUUGGAAUAGUAUAUAUAGGAGAAUUUAGAGGGAAUCAAGUAGCAAUUAAGAAAAUGAAACAAAUUGAUAAAGAUGAAGAUAAAAUGAAAGAAUUUGAGAAAGAAGUAAUGAUGUUAGAUAAAUUUAGAAGUGAAUAUAUUAUUCAUUUUUAUGGAGCAGUAUUUAUUCCUAAUAAAAUAUGUAUGGUAACAGAAUAUGCAAAAUAUGGAUCAAUACAAGAUUUAAUUAAUAAAAGAACAAACACGGAAAUACCAAAUAAAAUAAGAAUUAAAAUCAUGAUAGAUGGAGCAAAAGGAAUUUCAUAUCUUCAUUCAAAUGGAAUACUACAUCGAGAUAUUAAACCAGAUAAUUUUCUUGUUGUAUCAAUUGAUGAUAAUAUUGGAGUUAAUUGUAAAUUAACAGAUUUUGGAGCAUCAAGAAACAUUAAUAUGAUGAUGACAAAUAUGACAUUUACAAAAGGGAUAGGAACACCAAAAUACAUGGCACCAGAAGUAUUAAAUCGAGAACAUUAUAAAAUGGAAUCAGAUAUAUAUUCAUAUUCAAUAACAAUGUUACAAAUCAUUACAUGGCAAGAACCAUUUCCUAAAGAAAUAUAUAAAUAUCCAUGGGAUAUUGCAGAUGCAAUCACAACAGGUAAACGACCAAAAAUAAUACAAGAAGUUAAAGAAGAUAUUAAAGAAAUUAUUGAAAAAACAUGGAAACAAGAAGCAAAAGAAAGAAUAAGAAUAGAAGAAGUAGUAAAAAUGUUAGAAAGAAUUGAAAUAAAAUAA